AUGGCGCCAAGUCUAAGAAAGCUCAACAGAAGCUCGCAUUGUGCCAUUAACCUGUUCUUGGGGAGUGUGACCAACCGUCUUUUUUUCAUUUUGUGGUGCACUUUGCACAUGGAAAGUCUCAGCCACCCCGAGAGCAAAAAUAGCCUUCACAUGUUUGAUUGGAAUGUUCUGGAAAGGGAAGUUGGAUUCAUCUCUCCAUCUUGUCCGGAUUUAGCGCAGAUCAGCUGCUCUCAAGGGAAAUCCUCUUCUACCUCUGUGGAGGACGCUCUCUGUCGGUGUGAUGAAGAAUGCUUCCAAUUUGGAGAUUGCUGCUUUGAUUACGCCCGACAGCUUCGUCGAACUAGCUUUGAGAGCCAGAUGAGAUGCUUAUCUUGGAAUGGCCAGCACAACAUAUUUAUUUUUGAUGAUUGCCCAGCUGGUUUUCCGGAUGAGGCCUUGAGACAACAAUGUCAGAAGAACCAGUCCGACUCCUCAUUCACAUAUCUCAUGGAUUUGGCCGUAAUCAAUACCGCUAAUCAGAGAGCCUACGCUAACGUGUUCUGUGCCAUUUGCCACGGUGAUUCCGCCAAUUUAGAGCCUUUCAAUGGCUUGAUCUAUUGCGAUAAGCAAAAUAUCAUCGACGAAUGCGGAAUCUCUGUCCAAGAUCAAAUUCUGACUCAUUCCAAUUACAAUCCUGGCACUCGAAGUUGGACCCUCCAAUUUGGCAGUAAUCUGGGGGCCAUUCCCAAUUGCACCAACGGCAUCUUGUACUCAAUCACUUGCAAAUUGUUCAUUGAAAGAAAGUCUCUGGGGGACAAGAACGAAUUCGAAACGAGUCGGACUUGUCCACAUGCCGACACUAUUGGAACGUGUGAUGUCAAAAAAGCGUUGGCGAAAAAGUCCGUCUUGCCAGUGGACGUGGAACGAUUCCAGCACUUAUGCAAAUUGUACACUCUGUUGGUGGUGUUCGAUGACAAAAUCUAUAAAAACCCACAUUGUGCAGUUUGCAAUGGCAUACCUCUGAAUCGGACACGGUGCAUAUCAAAGACGGACCUCCCGAUUAGUUCCGUUCAAACCUCACCGUCUGACCAACAUCUAAAAAGUCCGUCCGUCCGUCCGAUUUACUUCGCCUUCUCCAAGGACUACAAUGAAUCCUGUGUGGAUUCACUCAAUCAUUGCGGCAACGCAAGCGACCAGGUCCAUGACUUUAUUCAUAACAAGGCCUUCAAUAUCCGAUGUGGGUUCCUAUAUCAGAACAAGCACGGAGAAUGCGUGAUUCGAAAUGUUUCACGAUCCCUACCCACGGAAGGAAAGGACAGGAAAUGUUACUUGAAGACCCUCGAACAAUGGGAAUUACAGGGAGUAGUAGCAGCAGCAAGAAAAGCAGCAGGAAAAUCUCAUGCAUUUCCUGUCGAAAUUGGAUUGUUGGAUGUCAUGCCUGCUCCGUUUCCAUCACUCUCUUCUUCUCUUCUGCUUCCCUCUUUUAGUCGGUUCCAGUACGUGCAAACUGAGUUUGCCAAUGGGUCCAUCUUGCACAAGCAAACUAAGGUGGUCCACAAAAUUGACGAGUACAACAUCUUCCAUGUCGGAACCGAUCUCACCCAUCGCCGUUACCAAGUCUGCUUUGAGGAUCCCCCGUUGUUCGAGUAUGACCCUACUCAGGCCCAAGUUUUCACCAUCACCUCGUGGGUGUCUUUGGUGGCCUUAGCCUAUCACAUCACCGUUUUCACAAGCUUGAAACGACUGAGGAACCAACCGGCACAGAAUCUUCUGGCUUUGGCAUGCUCGCUUUUCAUAACCCAACUCUUGCUUGUGGUGGCGUUGGAUUACCACCGAUCCCAUUCAAUAUGCAUGUUCAUCUCCAGCUGCCUCCACUUCUUUUCUCUCGUGGCUGUUUUCUGGCUGAAUGUCCUGAGUUUUGACAUUUGUCGAGUUUUUGCCCAAAAUUGGAACGCCCGGACGAUCUUCGAGGUGCCCAAUCCCAGGGCCCGAAAGUUGGCGGACAAGAAGCGCUUGAAGUAUUAUUCGAUCUAUGCAUGGGGAAUCCCGGUGAUCAUCGUCACGUGUGGACAUUGUCUUGACAUGCUGGAUGAUUGGCUUCGAUUCUAUCGGCCCAAAUAUGCCACUCAUAUGUGUUGGAUCAAUAAUGCCAAUGGUUUUGCGCUUUUCUUUGCCUUGCCUGCGUGUUCCUUGUUCCUCGAGAAUUUGGUGAUAUUUCUCAUCACUCUGAUUCUCGCUCUCACCCGAAGACGGGAUUUGGAGGCAAAUAACACCCAGAUCAUUGUCCAGCCCAUUCAACCUUCAGUGGCCUUGAAGAAGAAGAAAUCGAAAAAGGGACUCAAAGAAGACAAAAAAGCUCCAGCGACGACCACCAAGGACAGAUUGAGACGAACGGGCGCCACAGGAAUUCAGGCACUCCAUGUCACGGGUGUCAAAUUCAAAAUUACCCAACAUCUCAGAGCUUACGAAAUGAGGAAGAUUCGAUGGCGAUUUGGCUCCUACGUCGUUUUGGCCGUGGUUAUGACGACGGCCUGGACUUUGCUCUGUGCUCUCAUUUAUUGGCGGAAACCCAUUCUUAUCUAUCCGUUCGCUGUUCUCAAUGGCUUGCAGGGGGUAAUCAUUUUCUUCUUGUUUGAUCUAAAGCCAAAAAUCUACUUUUUCGCCUUCGAGAAGAUUGUUGGACGACCACAUCCGAAUUAUAAGAAAAGUAGGCUGCGAAAAUUGAAGCUGGACAAAUCAGAUUUGCAAUCGGCAAACAUUUCUCGGGCUGAUGCGGAUUCCAUCAAAGUCUUGCAAUCCGUCGAUGAUGCAGAGAACCAGAAAAUUGGGCGGGAUGCCAUGGCUUCGAAAAGUUCUGAACAAGUUGCUACCAAUGAGACUCCCGCCUCAAUGUCAAUUAGGAAGGCCAAGAAGAAACAAUGGCAAGGUCGAAACUGUGCCGCCCUUACGACUGGCUCCCUAAAACAGAAAUCCCACAGUUCGACGGAAGACAAUGAAGUUAACAAUCACGACGAGGGCGAUGCUCUUUCGAACUCAGAGAAGUUUCAAGACAGAAACUUAUCGCUCUCCAUUGAAAACGUCUCAAGUUCCAAGUCGAGAAAGACAAUCUCAAGAAGAAAACGCUCGAAAUCGGCCCCACCCAAAAAGGGCCCUCACCAGACUGCCAACGCGAUGUCAAGGGCCGCUACAACUACACCAACUAAUACUCCUGUCACUGGACGAAGUCCAAAGGAUGCCAAUCGGGGUGGACAUGCUUUGAGCUUGUUCAAAAGAAAACCAAAGGCCGACUCCUACUUGGUCCCAACGCCUGAGUUACAAAAGGUUAAGUCAGAAAAGUCUGGCUAUAAAAAGUCGAAAACGGAUUUGGCAAAGUAUGACGCUUGGCAGCAGCUUAAAAUCUUCCAACGAUCUUUGAGUUUGGAGCCAAAUCAAGAACAGUCAGACUCUGAGCCAAUCUUUCAGCCUUUGUGUCAAGGUAAUGAUGAUCAUAAAUCUGCAAAUGAGCACCUUCAGACGCAAGCAGAUAAAAGAAGUGACAAAGAUGAGUCCAAACAGAGGUUGGAAGGAGCCCCACGGCCUCCACGGUCUCAAAAGUCGGUGGCCAAACUGCAACGGCAAUUUUCGUUCGAUAAGGGAUCCUCGAUCAGUUUAGGAUCGUCAUUCCAGGACGACAACGACGACGACAACGACAACAACCACGUCUCAUUGGCCUCUUCUUCUUCUCCGACGACUCAACAGCUCCCAAAGGAUCACACAAGAUGGAGGGAUUUGGUGGUUGCCACCAACAUGCAAGCCAAAUUUCUUGAUAGUGGCACACAAACCAAACUUAGAAAAGCUCAAAAGCGGUCUCGCACAAAUGCCAAAGUUGAUUCUUUCACAUCUUCUCGACGCCACAAAAGCUGUUCAGCCAUGGUUGACUUGGAAGAGGGCACCACCCAUGACGCCAGUUGCCAGAAGUGGACAAGAGAUAGAGUAGAUGAAACCGAGUCCCUUCCAAUCGCCACUGAAUCCUGCACAAAAAGUCCGCCACAAGUCCAAAGGGAAAAACGACCAAAAUCGCAUUCGGCCAUUUUCAAGAUGUCAACAACGUCCUCCGGGUUCAACUCAGCGGGGAACUCAGUGGAUGGAAAAAUGAUGACGACACGGGGACGAACGAGAAAGACAUGGGUCCCAUCUACCACAAACACGCUUUACGACAGACAAGAACUUGGAAGGCCCACAUUCACUCAUUCUUUAUCCUUUGAUGCCUCUACGGACUCAAUUUACCCAGAUUCCUUGAAUUGGAACAAUGAUUCAGCUGAUUUACUCGGAGAUUCACGAGCAAACUUGGUUCAGUCUGACACUGACAUCUCCGACACGGAAGUUCGAGCUCAAAAUAUCAAGUCUGGAAAACCCUCGAAUGGCCUGUCAGGGUUUGAAAACAAGGAAAUUUUAUGUGGAGGGCGCGUAAUUCAAAAAAUGGGACCAGCCCCAUCGAAAUUUCCUUACAUUUGGAAACCACCACCCUAUUUUUUGCCGGAAUCGAAAAAUGGCCGCACUAAUUUGAGAGGACUCGAAAAAAGAGUGAUGGGAGUUCAAAUUGGUGAAAAAGGCCGAAGUAAUCAUGAAACAAAACCUCUACGUGGUGGCCCAUCCACCCUGACAGAGACAGAAGAGGGUCCGAAUGGACCCUCUCUCACCAAUUCUAAGAAUUGCCUCCUUGGCGUGGUUCCUCGUCCAUCCAUGGAACAUCAAGUUCAGAGAAGAGAAGACGAGAAGGCAUUCCCAUUCUCCCCGGAAGCCAUAAAGCAUGAUUACAGCUCGAAUUUGAAGCCGGAAGGCGGUUUUACUCGUGCUCCUCUUGAGGAGCCCACCCUUGGUAGUGAUUUGUCAGUGCCGAGAACUGUGCCUAAGGGUCAUGCGGAUCAUUUUAACGGCGAGGCGACCGUUUUCCUUUGCCCUCCAGCGUACCAGACACUUCCACCGAAAAAACACCCUCAGCCACCGCCUUAUCGCCCACCGCCAGCCUACCAGCCCACAACAAAGGCCAACCCUAUCGUUCUCAAUCAAGGGACAAGGUCUGUCAAUCCGGCCUUUUCUCUUUGCUCUCACGAGUACGUCGAUUGCCCCUCUCUAGAUAAGGAGCAGUCACAAGAGGACAAUGGGCAUGAAAACUCGAUCUUGUAUGUGACAGGUCACCCUGAACAAGGUCAGGAAUCUGUUGUGUAAUGAACCGGUCUCAGAAGUCGGUUCCAUUCUAACAAAUGAUGUUGGACUAACUUGUAUAAUGUACGAUAUAAGCUUCUUCUUGAAUGGGAAUGACGGGAAAAAUGCCCCAUGUACCGCUCGCAUUCAAUUUAUUAUUCAAUCAUCCAGUAAAUAUACAAUAUUCAAAUGA